UUCCACCUACUGAUCUGGUUUAGGAUUCUAGGUCCAAAAAGGACACUUGGAAAUCGGCGAGGCUGCGUCGCGCCGGCUGGGAUGUCGUUUCAAGUGAAGUGGAAACAUCCAAUAAUUGUGGUGUUGGCCACCAGUCAUGGGAGCAUACCUCAGCCAGCCCUGCACCAAGAAGGUGUCGUCUGACGGCAGCAGCGAGUACCUCAGCUAUGGCGACUCGUCCAUGCAGGGAUGGCGUGUCUCCCAGGAGGACGCGCACAACAGCCUACCGGAGCUGGCGCCCGGGUGUGCCCUGUUCGCCGUGUACGACGGUCACGGAGGUCACGAGGUGGCCACGUACGCCGCCCAGACACUACCCGCCGCCAUCCGUGACUGUCCCCUGUACAAGGCGGGCAAGGUGCGGGAGAGUCUGCGCCGCGCGUUCCUCGAGUUCGACAGCUCGCUGACGAGGCCGGAGAUCAUCGACAAACUGAAGGUCAUCGCUGGACGGGAGGUCGAGUCAGAGGACGAGGAGGAGACGGACCGCGAGGUGGACGAGUUAUUUCAGGAGGCGCAUAUGCCGCUCGAGGAGCUGAUGGCCCGCUACCAGGGAGACAAACCCGCAGCAGCCGCCGGCGGCGUCGCCAAGCUCAAGGGCAAGGGCAAGGAGAAGCCGCUGUCGCCCUUCCUCCGCGCCAAGGCGGGCGGCUCGGGCGCAGGCAGUUCGUCGUCUGGUGCCGGUGGCUCUAGCUCCAGCUCCGGUGAAGACGGAGAUGUGAAGAAAGACUUGACAGCAGAAAUCAAGGAUGAGACCAGUGAGGAAGCAAAGUCAGAGACUAGCAAAGAUACCGCAGCGCCAGAGACGAAAGCCGAAGUCAAACCAGAGCCUGAGGCUGAAGUAAAAUCGGACACCAUUACGACUGAAUCAAACUCGGAGUCAAACUCUGAGAUCAUCAAGUCAGAAGCAAAUUCCAAGUCACCCGUCAAAGCCGACAUCAAAGCGGAAUCCACAGUCAAGUCAGAAUCAGACUCUGACUCUAAAUCCGAGUCGAAGACGAACGGAACGGCUGCGGGCGGCGAGCCAGCCGUGACCUCUGCCGCGCCCGGAUCGCCUUCAACCGAGGACUCCAAGGCUGGCAGUGGCGACACGCCAGCCUGUAAUGGUAACGGUACCGCCUCUCCCACCAAGUCCCCGCGGGGUAAGGGCGGUAAGGGCGCGCGGCCUGGCAGCGGCAAGUCGCCGGCGCCGGCGGGCACUGUGGCGGCGCAAAGCGCGCGGCCGGCCGCCGGGCGCGCCACGCGGAAGAUGCCGGAGCGGGCGGCCGCAGAGGUGUACCGGGAUGUUCUGGAGGGCGCGAGAAAAGCGCGAGAGGCCGGACACGACCACGUCGAAGACGAGGAGGAAGAGGAGGAGGAAGAUGACGACUUCAGUCUGGAGCAGAGUGACAGCGUGGAUGACGACAAUGACGCCGAAGAUGACGACUCGGACGAGGACGAAGGAGAGGAAGAGGAGGAGGAGGAGGAAGAGGACAGUGAACAGGACGACGACGAACUGGGGGACGAGGAGGAGGCAGGAGACGACGAGGACAGCGACUUCAUGUUCAACAUGAAGGACGAGCCGGGCAGCGACUCGGGCUGUACCGCCGUGGUGGCCCUCCUUCACGGCCGGCAGCUGUACGUGGCCAACAUUGGCGACUCGCGCUGCGUGCUAUCCCGCUCCGGCCGGGCCGUCGACAUGUCCGACGACCACAAACCGGAGGAUGAACCCGAACUGCAGAGGAUUGUCAAGGCCGGUGGAAAGGUCACCAUGGACGGCAGGGUCAACGGCGGACUCAACCUCUCCAGAGCGUUUGGCGACCACGCGUACAAGGCCGACAAGAACCUGCCAGCCGAGGAACAGAUGAUCUCCGCCUGUCCCGACAUCCGCUGUGUUACAAUCGAGCCGGGCACUGAUGAGUUCAUGGUGCUCGCCUGUGACGGUAUCUGGAACAGUAAAAAGUCCCAGGAGGUGGUCGACUUUGUCUCCGAGAGGAUCAGGGAGCGAGGCGAGACCCAGCUGUCGAAAAUCUGCGAGGAGCUCUUUGACGAGUGUCUGGCGCCGAACACGAUGGGAGACGGCACCGGCUGUGACAACAUGACCUGCAUCAUCGUCCGCUUCCUGCCCAGCCUGGCGAUGGUGCAGUCACCUCCAGUCGUCGAGGAUACCUCAGAGGACACAAAGACUGACGGGAAGGCGGCAGAAACCGCGGAGACGAAGGACAGUGAGGCUGACGCUCCCGCAGAGGCGGCGUCGAAGGCGGCAGGCGACGACGCUAGCGCCGCCGCGCGGCCAGAGCCGGAAGGAGCGCCGCCAGAGAAGAGGCAGCGGACGGAGUGAUGAACUGACGGUGAUAGGAGACGUUCCGGCGGCCGAAACCGGCAGCCCGGUGUGUUGUAAACACCGGUCGAGGCGGUCGCCGGUGGGGCUCAUCGCGGCUGAGCUCGUGAGCUGUGUAUGGCUCACGGUGAGCUCGUGAGCGCAGCUGAGCUCGGCGAGUUACCACGUGGGAGCCGCGGGGCCGUUCAGUGAGCGUAACGUCAUGGAUCUCGUAAGGACCAUACUGGGCGCGGGGUCGCCGUAAAAGGGACGGAACAGGCUCGUCAGACUGGUUUGAGGGCCCCUGAGCGCCGCAGAGCGGAGCGGCGGGUGGUUUGAGAACCACUGAGUCGGCAGGACAUGUGAAACCAGCGCGGUGAAUCGCCAGCGGAGUUCACGUGUGACAAUUGCAGUUGUGCCUAACGUGAAUGGAUUGAGGACCACUGAAGGCUCGAGAGUGGUUGAUGUCGAGUGCUGGGCGCCUGAUGAGGAUUGAAGACCACUGAAAGUGUUGUUCGAGCAUGGUUCCAGUGUGGUUCAUUUGUUGUUCCUGCUAGUUCUCGAGUCGAUCGUUGUUUGCAAGGGCUACAAACAUGGUUCGAGCAUGAGUUGCAUACUGUCAGUUACGUACCGAAUGCGUCUCGCUGGUUGUUAAGCAUGGUUCGAGCGUAUGUCGAGCAAUGUUCAAGCAUUUCCGGACGGAUGGACUGUGCGCUGCUCCAGCGAGCGACGCGUCCAGCGUUUCCUGUGAUUGGCUCGGACCGAACUUCGUGUUCAACUAGCGCCGGUGUAAGUGGUUCGUGCAGGCUACCACGGACUCUGUUGUGCGUGCCUGACUGUGAAUGAGGUGCCGACCUGCGCGCCCGAUCAGCUCACGUUCCUCGUUUAACGCCUGAGAGCGAGGCUAUAUUUUCUACAAUAAACAGUUCAAAUCAGUAGCGU